AUGUCCGACUCAAAUGGACAACCGGCGCCAUUUUUGCACAAUUUCAAUACAAUUUUCUAUUUGUGCAAACUUUUCGGCAUUUAUCCAUAUGAUUUUCAGAAAUUCUAUUAUCAAGGCAUACUGCAGGGCUCACGCCUGGGCAGCUGUGUGGUGAUGACUGUAAUGUGCGUCACAUUUUUGCUCUUCAACUUGACGUUGUUUACAUUCGGUGAUGAAGAAGUGAUUGCAAGGAAUAAUCACCUCAGCGUCAUCGUCACAAUAGUGUUCACCUACAUUACGCCUGCUACCAUGUUCACGGAUCAGAUAACCGCUAUGCGCAAUCAAAAGCGGCUACCCGAACUCUUCGAACGCAUCGACUAUGUAGACGAGGAUCUGCGGCAGUUGGGCAUUUCGGUGGAUAAUAGACGUGUGCAGCGCGGCAUUUGGCUGAUGGUUGCGUUUACUUUCGGCUGCGAGUUCUUCAUAUUUGUCUCUUCAAUCUAUCUUUUGGUGGACGAAUUGAAGUGGUCCACAGCGCUGUGGAUCUUUACCUCGCUGCCAACACUCUACAACACAAUGGAUAAAAUUUGGUUUCUGGGCAUUUUGCUGGGGUUGCGAGAUCGUUUUGAUGCCAUUAAUGCAGAACUGGAAAAGAUUGCGGAAGAGCUGGAGAAGCGGCAGAGGCAGCAGUUGAAGGGUCAGCAGUAUCAUGAGAGUGAAUUGGUGCUGCAGACCUCGCUACCGCUGCGCACAGAGCAGAUUGGGGACAUCAAGUUGGAGCGCUUGGUGCGUGAUGCUUUUGGUGAACUCCUCCAUAACCGCGAGCCAAUCAAAAGCUGCAUGCUUAGCAUGAGCCAUGAAAGCUCGUUGUACACGUUCAAAGCUUUACAGGAGCGUUUCAUAAGCUUGUGUCAGCUGCACGACAGCACUUGUAGGAUUGCCAAGUUACUCAACGAACUCUGGUCUUAUCCGAUACUAAUACUGAUGGCUUUCGGUUUUGUCAUUGUUACCUCGCAGCUUUACUUUGUUUAUUGCGCCACACAAAAAGACCAUGUUAUCCCACUGGUUUUUCGUUCCGCCAAGAAGCGCACCAUCUCGACCGUCUUUCUCGCCUACAUCGGUGGGAAAUGUGUGUCGCUGAUGUUCUACAGCUGGAAGACGUCGCAGGCUUCGCGUCGUGCCGGUAUCUGUCUGCAUAAGUGUGGUGUGGCCGCCGACAGCAAUGAGGUUUAUGAAAUUGUUAAUCAUUUGUCGUUGAAACUCUUGAAUCACGCCAUAAAUUUCUCGGCAUGCGGAUUUUUUACACUGGACAUGGGUACUUUAUAUGCGGUACGUGCCUCGAAGCGUUAUUCUGUUUGUGGCGCAAUAACCAGUUAUCUGAUCAUACUCAUACAAUUCGAUAUGGCCGGGCAACAAGUGCGUAUGUCUAAGGAGUUGGCUGCUGCCAAUGAGACCACUGCCGUUUCGUUGUUGCCUAUUGAAAAUUACACCGUUAUGCCAUUGGAAACGACAACGCCAUGGGAGUAG